GUUUUUAUCUUUUUAAAAAACACCCCUUUUUUGCAGUGUAUAUUUAGCAAGAGGUAAUAUUUUAAUUCAUCUUGUUCAUGUUGCUGAAUUAUAUUGUAAAUAUGAACACAACCCUUCUUGUGACCUUUGCAGUAGAAAUAGAGAUGGAGAUAAUUCUUAAGAGGCUUUUAUUUAGAAUCGUGUAUUGACUCGCUGCGUCCCGUUAUAGACUGUUUAUAAGAAGUGGUUUGAGCCCCUUCACUGAUUCACACUGCUUUAUUGAAGCAAGGAGUUUGUGUUUUUGUCAUCAUUCUUGGCUUUUUGGAGCCAUAAGUGAUUUUAUUAAUGUAAUAUUUUAAUUUUCAUAUUCAGCAUCUAGUGGCCGUCAGUGGUAUUACACUUUAAAACACUUGAACUUAUCCAAACGUACUUCUAGCCUCUUAUUGCACUUUUUGGUUAAAUCGACUGAAAUGUUAGGAGUCUUUCAAGAUUUGACAGAUUUUCUUUCACUUUCAUCUCACAACAAUUGUAAAAAAAACAGAAUUAGCUAUAAUUGCUGUAACAGUCGUGACUCCAUUGGGUUAAACUUAAACAAAGAUGUUUGCACACAGCAAUUUAAGUGCAGAGUGUCUUAAGUUACACUGAGAAACUGAAGCCGCCGCCUCCAAGCUCUGGUUACCUGCCUGCUGUCAAAAUUGUAGACGUGACACAAACUGCAGCAGUUGCUGCGGGACAAGGUCCAGAGGGAUUUUAUCAGUUCUGUGGAAAUGUUGAUGUCGUCUGUUAUUGGGCGGGAUUAAGGACAGAGGUGAACCAGGUGAGUUAUAAAAACAAGGGAGUGAAGGAGCAAGAAAAGACUGUACGACUGAAUCCAACAGGAAUAAUGUAGAGGUGAAGAACUGAGGUGGACGUUCUGGAUGAAAGCUGAAGUUUUGACUCUUUGCAGAUGAUGAUGUCACUUAAGUAACAACUGACUUUUAGAAAGAAUAAUGUGAACUGAACAAACUAAGAGGACAAAGAUUCCAACUCUCACCUGGAUCACACCGGCAUCGAUUUCACUUGUUCGGAUUUGGAUACGAUGACACCAACAAUCACUUCAGUGGACGUUUUGGCCAAGUGAACUGGACCUGUCCAACGGGGUCAUGUACGUCCUGUGUACCCUGGCAGUCCUGACCCUCCACAGCCUCUUCAAGAACAGGAACAACAAGGCUGUGGAGGCUGGCAGGACCUCAGAGGCCGCAAGGAAGGAAGGUCCACCUGAAGAUGGAGACCACACCGCAGUCCAGGCCACACCGAAGACUCUGGGACAAGGACACAUUUCGGUAAAGGGUGGGGGUCACGGCCGCCCGGUGAGCUUCAGAUCAGAUGGGAAGCGGAGGCGAGGGGGUGGCACGCGUAAUGUACCUGACAGCCGCAAACGAGUACAGCCGGUCCAGCGGUCCAGCGCUCUGCUCAGCCCGGCGGUCAUGUUCGGCACAAGAAAAACCUGGGACCUCGGCCACGCCCCCUGCCUGCAGGAGCUCUGGAAGAAAGACAUCUCAUUGGACGCGAGCUCAGUGGACUUCCUGAUGAGUGAUGGUGAAGACGAAGGCUCUUUUCUGGCUUUACCGACCGCUGCCUUCUCACAGCGCCCGUCUCUGACCGCCGAGCUCACUGAAAAGACCACGCCCACCCAGCAGCUGCUGAUCCAGAAGGUCACCUGGUCCUGCUUCUGGACUCAAGCCAGUACUCUACAGGACAAAGUGUGCGAGUUUCAGGCUCGUCUGCGUUCGGAGGAAGUGACCCGUCAUCUGCUGUUGCAGCAGCUGCAGCGGCAGAACGUCCAGGACAAGACGUGCAGCGGCGUCGAGGCGCUGCAGGAGGAGCUGCUGUCGCCCCCUCGCAACGGUGUGCGGCUGUUGCAGCCAGGUGAACCGUCUUUAGACCGUCUCAGCUGUCCAGAGGAAGAGCAGCUCGUUACUCGGCUGCGCACACAGGUGGAGGAGCUGGAGGAGAAGCUGUUGGAUCAGACUCAGGAGGUGGAGAGACUUCGCUCUGAACUGGGGGCGACAGACCUGGAGAAGCAGCUGGAGCUGCUUGUGGUUGAGAAUGAGCGUCUGAAGCAGGAGCUGAAGUCCUGCAAGACCUCAGAGCUUCAGAGCCUCGAUGCUGCCGCAGAGACCUGCAGCUGCAACCACUGCCCCCACAGCCAGAAUGCGGAGUCCCUGCAGAGGGAGGUGUCCCGCUGGGAGAAUCAGGCCCGGCAGAGGGAGCGGCGGCUCGCGGAGCUGGAGCGAGAACUGCUGGAGAAAACCGCCAAGGUGGAGACGCUUCACCGGCAGCUGGACGAGUCCACGCGGUGCCUGGACGACAGCAGGCGGAAGCUGGAUGCCGAGCACAAACUCAGCCUCCGACUGCACGAGUGUGAGGAGGAGCUCGCUCGCCAGGCCUCCACCCCCCCCAGGGUCAAGUAUGUUACUCAGACGGUGGAGGUGGAGUCGGCCGACUCUCAGAAGGCUGUGGCGGAGAUGCAGUCGAAAAACGCCAUCCUGCAGGAGCAGCUGACCGUUCAGAGGCAACUGCUGCGAGAACUGGAGACACAGCUGCACGAGUCGCAGCGAACCUGUGCACAGCUGAGGACACAGCUGCUCUCCGACCGCGGCCGUCUGUGCGGUCUGCUCACCAAGGCCGUCGGCAGGGGCAACGGCGAGGUCAUUGGCAGGUUGUCCAAGAUUCUGGUGUAUGAAGGUGAGAUGGAGCGGGCCCAGGGUCAGCUGGAGGCCGAGAUGCAGAACCUGGAGGAGGAGAAGAACCGGGUGAUCGAGGAGGCGUUUAUCCGAGCGGAGAGCGAGAUGAAAGCCGUCCACGAGAACCUGGCAGGGGUCCGGAUGAACCUGCUGAGUCUGCAGCCGGCUCUGAGGACGCUCACCUGCGACUACAACUGUCUGAAGAGGCAGGUGCAGGAGUUCCCCUUCAUGUUGGACAAAGCCAUCACAGAGGCAAAGCAGGAGAUCUGUCAGGUGAUCAGUGAGGUGAGCAGCACCAACCAGGAGCUGCUGAGGAAAUACAAGAGAGAAAUGAACCUGAGGAAGAAAUGUCACAACGAGCUGGUUCGACUCAAAGGUAACAUCCGCGUUUUCUGCCGAGUUCGUCCGGUCAGUCAGGAGGAGCAGGACUCCGCCGACGCUAAAACUAUGCUGAGCUUCGACUCGGACGAUGACGCCAUCCUCUACCUCUCCAAUAAGGGCAAAAUCAUGACCUUUGAACUUGACAAAGUCUUUCCACCUCAUGCCACACAGGAAGAGGUGUUUCAGGAGGUUCAGUCUCUGGUCACCUCCUGCAUUGACGGUUUCAACGUCUGCAUCUUCGCCUAUGGACAGACAGGGUCAGGAAAGACGUACACCAUGGAGGGCGUGGCCGACGACCCCGGUAUUAACCAGCGCGCCCUCCGCCUGCUGUUCUCCGAGGUGACGGACAAAGCUCCAGACUGGGACUAUAAGAUCACCGUCAGCAUGGUGGAAAUCUACAACGAGACUCUGCGGAACCUGCUGGGGGACACGCCCACUGAGAAACUGGACAUUAAGAUGAACCCUGACGGUAGUGGACAGCUGUACGUCCCCGGGCUGACCGAGUUCACCGUCCAGAGCCCAGAGGACAUCAACAGGGUGUUCGAGCUGGGUCACAUGAACAGGGCGACGGCGUGCACCAACCUGAACGAACACAGCUCUAGAUCCCACGCUCUGCUCAUCAUCACUGUGUGUGGAUUCAACACGGCCACCGGAAACCGCACGCAAGGGAAGCUGAACCUGGUGGACCUGGCGGGUUCUGAGCGGAUCGGUAAGUCGGGGGCGGAGGGCAGCCGCCUUCGAGAAGCUCAGUGCAUCAACAAGUCUCUGUCGGCGCUCGGAGACGUUAUUAACGCGCUGCGCAGCAAACACGCCCAUGUCCCAUUCAGGAACUCGCGCCUCACGUACCUGCUGCAGGACUCGCUGAGCGGAGACAGCAAGACCCUGAUGAUGGUGCAGGUUUCCCCGUUACCGUCUAACAUGAGUGAGUCGGUGUGCUCGCUGAAGUUCGCUCAGCGUGUUCGCAGCGUCGAGCUAAGCUCCGCCUCCUCUUCCUCCAGAAGACACGAGAACUCGUCCACCUCGUCCUCGCCGACCCACGACAGCGUUGAGCUGGACUCGCCCCCUGUGACCCCGGUCCCUCUCCCCAUCUCUCGGGCCAGCAGCGCCGGUUCCACCCUGUCCUCAGCGUCCAGAACUCCCAGCAGCUCCCGCAGGAGGUCCCAGUCCCAGCUGUCCACAGACAGACAGGUAGACAGAGCCAGCCCAUUGGUGGGGGACGGUGGGCAGGACGACUGAAGCUGACGGCCUGAGCGACGCCGCGGGACGUCCAGGGGGUGUGGCCCAGCACCUCCCGCCUCCCGACCAGAACUAAGAAGCAGAGACUCAUGGGAACUUUUUUUAUGGGGUGUGAAUCAGCAGAAAACACAAACCGAAAGACAUUUUAGUGUCUUUUUGCUGUGAUGAUGAACUUUGACCCCUGGAAUCUGGACUGAAGUGAACCCACGCCGUCUUUUCAGUAUAUGCUUUUCCAAUCACAGUAUUCCUCCUGUUUUUAUUUUUAUUUUCUCUGUAAAGUUGCACUUUAAAACUUCUAGAUAAUUUUCUAACCCACAAAUCGAGAUGUGGUUGAUUAUAAUAUAUGCAUCAUAUGGUUCUAUAUUUAUGUGUUUGACAUGCUUUAAACUCAAAUUUUAUUUUUCUUUUUUUGAGGAUUCCGAUCUGUGGAAGAACUUCACCGUGUAGUUCAGACGUUGAAAGGACUGUUUCUGAAUUUAAUCUUCUAACUUUUAACAUCUAAUGUCUUUGACUGGACCUGAAUCCCCCACGGUCCUUCUCCAUCCAAUCAGGGUACUCCGCAGACACUGAACUAUCCAAUAGGAUGCGAGCAAUACAAGGAAACACGAUCCUUUUUUUUUUUUUUCCUGUGGAUGUUUGUUCGUUCGCUCAGAGCUGAUGAAGCUCAUCUGACUCAGACCUUCAUUCAUCCUGUCGAUGUUGCCCCUGCUGUCCUCACUUGACCUUUGACCUCAGAGCGAAGGAGCCUCCUGUAGCUGGUGCUGAGUUCAAUGUGACGCGGGAGAAGUCGGCCGUUUCAUUGUGUGUUGUAGUAACAGGAAUGCGUAGAAGUGCGAUAAAGCUGCUGUGUUGUUGACCUGAUGAUCGGUCCGUCUGCUUGCUCUGUGUCUGUAGAUUUCUACUGUUUUUUUUUUUUUUUUGUAUUCCCUUUCUAAUAAACGCCACAAAACAACAUCCAAA